CUGUGAUUUCUCUCUCGAAAAACCAAGUAAAAAAUUACGUAAAGAGGAUGGAGACCACUUUUACUUGGAAACUGAUUUUCUGUCUUUGCUUAAUCCAUGAAGUCACAUCUGGUGCCAUUUCCUAUAAGGAAUCACAAGGAAGAUCUCCAGGAAAACUUCAUCAUAAAAUGACUAAGAGAGAGCGGGAGAUCUUCUUUGGAACUGACGACCUAUCGCAAGUACCUGAGUACGACAUUAGCGAACCUUAUGAAGAGAAAACCGCUGAUCAACGCCAAAAGAGGAGCGCCAAAGAUUAUGAUAUCCCUGAUAAAAAGUACUUCAAGAUAAAGGCUUUUGGUGAAGUGCUGCCUCUGCAACUCAAGUUAAACCAGAGACUUAUGUCAUCCGACUUUAGAGUGGAAAUCAAUCGAAGAGAUGGAAGAACAGAGCAUCAACCCGCUCCAAAAAAUAGUUUUUAUCUUGGAAAGGUCGUGUCAGAGCCCGAGUCAAUGGUGGCCGUUAGUCACUCCGAGGGAAUGCAUGGUCUGAUCCAGCGAUCUGGUGAAUCUUUAUACAUUCAACCGCUGCCAACUUAUCUCUCAAGGCACAUCGAACAUAAAGGGAUAAGUCAACCUCAUCUCAUCGUUAAAAGAUCAACCAGAGAAAAUUUGAUUUUCAGCAAGCGAGCCGAUGCAACUUUACCGAAGAGAAGUGUGCGUUCCAUUGGAUCGUCAAACAAAUACUUGGAGGUUGCUUUGGUAACAGAUGAAAUCACUGCUGAAAAAUAUGGCGAGUCCAAAAUUGCAUCAAUUCUGCUCAUCAUCGGGAAUAUUGUCGCUGGCAUUUUCCAAGAUCCCAGUAUUGGAAAAUUCAAAAUUACCUAUGUCAUCAAACGUGUUACAGUUCUAAAUUCUGCGGAGCUUGGUUUGCACUCACUGAGUAACAAUGGCAAAAUAGUAAGACUAAGGAAAUGGAUCAAAGAAAUCGCUUCAUCGGAUAAAGUCGAUGUCACUUCAUACAUGUCCAGAUCGGUAGGAUCUGGCGGGCUCGCACCUUUCAAAUCGAUGUGCAAAAAUGAAGAUGGAACAGUGAACGUAAACAAUGAUUUGGGACUGCAAUCUGCUGGAAUAAUUGCUCAUGAAACUGGCCACAAUUUUGGCCUGGAUCAUGACGGUAGUGAGAACCAGUGUCAGGGGAGCACGUAUCUUAUGGCUGCAGUCCUCCCCAAUGGAGUUAAUGCCAUGAGAUGGUCCACCUGUAGUGCGGAAGAAAUGCAAGCAUUUCUCAGAAGCAGCGGGUCCUCGUGUCUGGAUGAUGAGCCGACUUAAAUUCUUCCCACUCCAUCUCCUAAUGUAGCCGACUU